AUGGCCCCCUCCAUUUCCAAUAUUUCCACUGUGGUCGUUGCAUGGGCUACCUUCAUCUUGAUCUAUGCAACAUAUUUGGACACAACAGCUCUGUUCGUGACAGCAUCAGCAGAAUCGAAGGCACUGCUGGAGAGUGGAUGGUGGAGUGGCCACAUCAGCAAUACCUCAAAUCCUUGCAAGUGGCAUGGUAUUACUUGCAAUGUUGGUGGAAGCGUCUCCGAGAUCGCCAUCCACUUCGAUUCGGGUUUCCACUUGGGAGAGAUGUCAAAACUCAACUUCUCUUUCUUCCCAAAUUUAGUCCGCCUUAAUUUGUCCAAUAGUGAUCUUCAGGGGAGUAUUUCACUUGAAAUAUGUACUUUAUCUAAACUCACCUAUCUUGAUCUGUCCCACAACAAUCUCACCGGUAAGUUGCCUCGUUCACUUGCAAACCUAACCCAAUUAGAUUGGUUUGACAUUUCUUAUAAUCAAAUCAGUGGUUUCAUAGUACCAGAAAUAGGGAUGUUGAAGAAUUUGACCAAUUUGAACCUAGGUUAUAACAUGUUCACCGGUCCAAUCCCUUCCACCUUGGGUCAUUUAAGUAAUUUGAAAUAUUUGGAUCUUUAUUACAAUCAAAUAAAUGGUUCCAUUCCCCCGGAAAUAUACAAAAUGAAGAAUUUGAGUUUCUUGGCUCUUGAGAAUAACAACCUUAGCGGUCAAAUCCCUUCCACUCUAGGUAAUUUGACUAAAUUACGAAUUUUGAUUCUUAGUGACAAUCAAAUUAAUGGUUCAAUCCCCGUAGAAAUAGGGAACUUGAAGAGUUUGAUUGCUUUGGCUCUCGAUCAUAACAAUCUCAUUGGUCAUAUCCCCACUCAGAUCACCUACCUUUAUUUAUUGUUAACUCUUGACCUUAGUCAUAACUUUCUCAGUGGAGAAGCAAUUAUUGAACUUGGGGCUGCAAGCAAAUUAUGGAUCUUAAAUCUCAGCUACAACAAUCUCACAGGCAACAUCCCCCAUACUUACGCUUCUAUUAAAUACGUCAACUUGUCAUACAAUUCUUUAGAAGGUCCAAUUCCAUAUGGUUAUGAUGUCUAUCAUACAUUCGACACAUUAAUUGGAAAUAAGAAUUUGUGUGGUGUUUUCGUAUAUUUCCCUCCUUGCAAAUCAAUUGCAACUAGGGUGAAAAUUUUUGUUCCCAUCACCAUUUCCCUUAGCUUCUUAGUUCCGGGUGGCUUUCUCCUGUCUCGAUGCAUACUCAAGAAAACUCAAUUAAAGCUAAGAGAAACAAGGAAUGGAAACUAG